AUGCAUUCAGCAAAAAAUUGCUUUGACAGGAUUACAGGUGAUUUAAAACAAUAACUGGCUUGAGACGACUCGCGAACUUAAGCACAUAGCAUUGUUACUACAAUAUUGGGUUUAAUAACUUGACUUUUUUAAGAAGGAGAGAGAGGGCGUAAUGCAUAAAAUGUUUUUUUUUUUUUUAAUCCAGAAAUUCAAUAAAGCACGACGGCGCAAAAGUGAAAACGUCCAAACGUCCUUACUAAUAGCGUGAAUACGCUUUUGUUAAUUAUUUAUUGAGUAAUAAGUUAUUCCAACUCAUUCAAUUUGUUGAAGGUAGGCAAAAUUCACAUAUAGAAAGGAAAGCUUGUCGACUUGUCUUCCUCGGGUGCAACAUUAUCAGGAAUUUUUACCCUUUAGUUUUGCUAGGGAUGACCAAAAUCUGUCAGAUUGCAUAUUUUGUCACUGUUUUAUUAACGUUCUCUUUAAGUCUGUCGUCGUAAAUAGUUUCUUAUGUCUUAAGCUGCUGCCAGUAGUAUCAAAUCAAAUAUUAUCACUAAUAAGAUUUCCAACUUCCACGUAUUGGAAGACCAAUGAACCUUACUUUUUAAUGUACCUACAGCGAAAUAAAAGAAAGCAUUAACAAAAUCGAAAGUGUUCGUCGUCAACUCAUUGCAAGAUUUAUGUUUCACUGACUGUACUGUGCCAAGCAUGACUUUGUCUAUUAGAAAGGUAAUAUCUAACGAACUUCGCUAGAGCAGAGGGAAGGGCGUUAGACAGGAAAACCAGUUGUUUGUUAUUGAAUGAAAUGACCAGAAAUUAGCUUGUUCUAUUUCUUACGGCAGCAAAAUGUACUAGAAGUGGAGGGAUACGUGCAGAGACAUUUUCUCGCUAAUAUGUCAGCUUAGUUAAGGAACAUUAGGGCCAUUUAUACGAGGAAAAAUAAGACGCGUCUUACAUAAGACGCGAACUUUCCGUAUAAACGGCACAUUUCGUCUAAAAUAACACGCGGCUUAGCUAAGACGCGUCUUUUUAGAUAAGACAUGCUCGUAUAAAUCAAUGGUACAGUUCGCGUCUUAUGUGAGACGCGUCUUAUUUUUCCUCGUAUAAAUGGCCCUAUUGUUUUUGGAACUUUAUUGAAACGCGGUCAAACACGCUAAAGAAUAGAGAGCUUCAGCAACAACGACGGCAACGGCUACGAAAAGGUUACUUAAAGAUGAAGUUGCGCUCCUUCAAAUUUUAUCGCGCUUGUUCCAUCUCGUUCAUUUUCGUCAAAUGUUGGCAAUUUUUUCUGGGUUGAAUUUUAAAACGGACUGUAUCAAUGUUCAGGAAAAGAAAAAGAAAGUCGUCGUCUUGUUUUCACUUCCUUCAAAAAACGUGAAAUUAGGCAGUUUUACGUCGUAGUCGUGCAAUGACGGCCAAACUAUGUACAAAAAAGCGUGAUGCACGUGCAAAGUUCUUGUUUUGCCGGUCUAAACCAACUGCUUUUUUGCCGUUCUCGUUGACGUCACCAUCGUCGUUGCUUAAUUAAGCUCCCUAAUGUUAAAAUUCGGGUUCUUUAAGUCGCCGUAAUAGAAGAGUGUCCGACAAGAGGUGAUCUUUUGAAAACAUUCGAAAUAAUCCAAACUAAUUGCUUAUAACUGUAACUGCUUAUAUUUAUUAAUAAUAAAUAAGAACUAUAAACUCAAAUAUAAAUUCUGUGACUAUUUGGUUGUUAUUUCAGGCUCCAUUCCUGAACAUUUAAAAGUAAUGUCUCCACUUUUUGUGGUCGUCUUCACUCUCUACAACUUCUCUCCUGGCGCGGACGCCAUUUUUCUUCCCUACUGGUCGAAAAGAAACCACUCGGAAACAUCUUUUCACAUUCCUUCCUCAUCCCUUGCGCUGGAGGGCAGGAACGCUCCGGUAAAGCUGCCUUAUUACUCUGAACUGGCGAAAAAUUACUCCCUGGACUACCGCUGUGCAAACGGUCUGCCUAUUUCCAUCGCUUGGCACCCGUACUCCCCGUAUUCAAUAAUUUAUCAAACAAAGAACAAAGGUGUCCCUGGCUUAACUGUGGAUGGAAUGUUUCCUGGUAUUUUGAAUGCUGCUGUGACAGGCUGCUGUCAUAAGGAUACGGAAGUUUUGUUUGGCAAGCUUCUGAAGUCUGUACGGAACGCCGAGAAAAACAUUCAGGCAGAUACCUUCGAUCUGACGUUUCCUCUGUAUGGAUAUGACUCCUCUGCAACUUCAUUUAGGUAAAACAACGUUUUUGUCUUUACUGAAGCGAAUUUCCGGAAAAGUGAAAAACAAACCUGAAAAAUACCUACUUAUAACGAAAUAUAUUUGCUCAGUUCCAUCAAGUGGUUAUCAUGCUAUAAAAGAUUAUCGAAAAGUUCACUAAGAAAAAAAAAAAUCAAAACCAGGCCUAACAUCAAGGACACUGAUGUGGUGCCAGAAGGUGUCAAUUAGAAUUUUCGCAGCAAAAUUUCAUCCCGUUUCAUUGUUUUGUUCACUACACGGCGUCUUUCCAGCCAUUUUUACCGCGAUAGAGCCGUAAAACUGGUUAUUUACGUCAUUAAUUUGAACACUUAAUAAUUCUUUUUGUGAAUUCACUUUUUUAUCUUUUCUUAACAAUUUUUUUUCAAGGGAUCGGCCGUUUAUCGGUAUAGUACGAGCUCCUCGUGUUAUCCUUCUUGUUCACAAUGAACCUCCAAACAAAACGCAGACACACGUGCUGUUCUCUACCAUCGCCAACGCCUGGCCUAUGCUGGUUUUUAUCCUUGUGACGGCGUCACUCUCAGGAAUUAUCAUAUGGUUUCUGGUGAGCUCUUUUCUUUGUUUGUUUGUUUUUCCCCUGCUUAAAAAAACUAAUGGAAAUUGAGAUUUUCGAAAAAUUAAAGUUGGCCUAAAUCUGCUUAAAGUUACGCAAACUUUCCAACGUGAGUAAUUUUUGUAAAGGAAAGCCCAAUAAUAAAGCUUGCUUACUUAACUUUGCCUUUUUUAAUGCCGUGUAUGAUUCAUCAACAUCACCUACUUCCCGGUCAGUCAAAGUUUCAAAGUCUUUUCUUUAUCUGCUUCAUGUCAGGACCACCCCAGCAACCCUGGCGAGUUUCCACCGCCGUUUUUGCGAGGAUCUUGGGAAGGUUUCUGGUGGGCUCUUGUUACCAUGACAACAGUAGGGUUUGUACUGCUUAUCGUUUUUAUAUUGAAUCCGUAAGUAAUACCGCCUAGAUUUUUUACUCCAUCACUGUAAAAAUGAUAAGGAACUCGUACGUUCUGAUUAGCCACAAUGACAAUAGAACACUGGGCUGUCUGCCGCCACUUCUUUCCUGCUACAGCUGUAGCUUGUUAUAGUACCAAGAUUACAUAAGUGUCAUGCAAACCAUGUCUUACAUACGAACUGUACGAACUUGUACUGCCAACUUUCGAAUAUAUAGAACUAGAGCCUGAAAAAGUUUAGGUCUGAACGGGACUCGAACCUUUGUGUAUAUACAGCAUUUUCGUCUGUGGUCUUUCGCCUUAUCCCGUUACUCUCACAUCUUACAUCAGCCUAUAAAAGUUUUUUCUUUUUUUUUUUGGCUUGAUUAAAUGAAUUAUUUACCUGACUCGCUGAAUGCCUGGCUGAUUUACUAGCUAGCUUAAGAACUGUUUGACCAUCUGUUGGACUGACUGACUGACUGACUGAUUGAAUGAUUGACCGACCUUCUUAUCAUAGGACUAUCCUUUUGAUAAAAAAAAAUAUCAGAAAUAUUUCAGUGACUUCACAAGAAAGGAACAAACGAUCGAUUUGUUACACAUAUGAAUUUACCUUUACUUUUGUGUUAACACAGGUAUGGUGACCGUUCCCCAAAGUCAGCCUUGGGCCGAGUGUUUUGCAUCAUCUGGAUUAUAACUGGAGUGAUCAUUGUCUCCAUAUUUACAGCUCUUGUUACAGCAUCGUUAUCUGCCAGCACUGUGCAGAUUUUUAAAAUUCAUGGCUCAAAGGUAUACCACGUUUAUUAAAACCACUCUUAAAGAGGGGAGGGGGCGGGGGGAUGGGAGAACGGAGAUUACGAUAAGCCUAGUUAUUUCCAAGUUUGUUAUUUUAUAUUCUUUUGACAUAAAUAUAAAAGUAUGCAAGACACAUGGUAAAAUUUUAUUCUUUUACUUUAUGACAGAUCGGAGCUGUUAACGGAAGUGAGGAGUUUAAGCUGGGAGUCACCAUGAACGCUGACAUGAAAGGUACAUGUUCGUCAUGAUAUAAUCAUUGACCAUCACUAGGUGGAAAAUGUCUUGAUCACGUUGUUCGGGCUUAUUUUCGUUUUGUAGAAUGCAUAUGGGUCUGUUUAUUCUUACACUAAAAGAUCUUUAUGUUUUGGUUGUCAACGCAGUCCUAGCUGUAACGUUUUUUUUAAUUUAAAGAGGGAAAUCGAGAGAUUUCCAGCCCCAGAUAGUUAAAGGGGCGAGUUGACUAGUCAACAAUCAAAGCCAACAAAAUUCUACUCGAUUUUUUUUUCUCACGAUUGCAAUACUAAUUAAAUUGGUUCUCUAGCUAUUUUUUAUCAAGUUCUUCGGGCAAGACAGAACAGUAAACGAUUUUAAAGUAGGCAGGAUUUUUUAAACCUACAUUCUUACGUUACUUUUUUUCUUUGUACUUAAGUCUUUCCACACGUCAUGCAAAUGACGGAAGCACUCUUAGUGCAUGAAAUUGACGGCGCAUUGGUGGACAACUACGUCAUCACUCACUCCCUGAACUUAAUUCAGGACGAACCAAUCAGAAUCGAAAGAUAUAUUGAUCACGCGAUAACUUACGGAGUAGUAUUGGCCAGCAAUUCAUCCAAACUCGAAACCUGCUUUCGACGGUUCUUGCAUAACCAUCCACAAGAGGUGUUUGAAAUAAUAGCUGAAAAUCUUGUCCCUCUCAAGGUAAGAAAUCUCUUCCGAUGAAUUCCAUUUACCCGACUUUCAAAUUUAUUCAAUUUAAUAUUGAAUUGAAACUUACAUACAGCUGUGAAAAAAAGUAGAAAUGGCCUGAGAUAGCCGGCUUUUUUAUUUGUAAUUCCUUGAUUAUAGGGGCUUCGGUCUCACCAGAGAGUUUUCACAUCAUCUCAUUGUAAUCGUUCGGUUAAUAGAAACUGUAACCAACUUUUGAUCAAUGCUGAGGAAAUAUCAUCCUCCCCAGCCGAUUGGUCACUUUGCCGAAAGUAAUUUUUAAUAUUGCACGUGAUUUUCACUUUGAAAUUCAUAUUUUAUAAUUCUUAUUGAGAUGAUGAUGAUGAGGGGAGUUUUCCCAUCAUGCAGCUCAUCGUUUGAAACUUUCACCAACUUGGGGUCAUCCCCCUGUCCAACCCUCCUCCCCUACCACGCACUUAGACCAUCACCUCAACUACCUUGAAAAUUUUUACCUUGCGCUACGCGCUCGGUCAUUACUUUUUAAGAAGGCCUCCGAACCGCCGAGGCAUUACCUUAUCCUUGACAAUUUCUUUUGUUUCAAGAAAUCUGUAAUUCUCUUGGCCAUGUGAGUGAAUAAGCUCUAUUUUAUCGAAGAUUAUGAAUAGAGAUAUACCGAGUAUGCGCCUCCAAUAAUGCAGAAGCUGAUGAAAUUCCUUAAUAAUGGCGCUUCUUAGCUUAAUAACAAGUAAUGUGUGAAACCAAGGCCAGGUAUAGUUAUUGUCGUAUCUGCUUCUAAGAGCUCAUUGGAUUAUUUUUUAGUUGUUAUGUAUUUGACCAUAGAGGGCGCAUGUUAAGCUGUCCUUAAAAAAACCACCAUGACCGAAGCAUCCUUUGUUAUUACUGUUUUUUUAAUUUAUAACAACAGUUAUUUCCGAAUUAUCUUAACCCGGAUAAUAUAUUAGUAAAGGGCAUACGAGAACGAAAUUACUUUAAUUUGGAUGUUGUGGCGCUUUGUUUGGACCAAAUUGAGAUUAUGUAACGUUAUUUAUUGGAUAUAAUUAUUUAAUAUCAUAUUGUUUUUAGAAUCCUACUGACGAUGAAAAUCAGCAACUCAAGGCUGCGGAAGGAUUGUUUUAUCAAGAACAAGUGUUUGAACUUGUCAUGUAUAUUGGCCUUGGAGUAGCUGGAGUGUUAUUUUUAGCUGGUCUCACCUGGGAAUUUUUGUGUCGAAGGCCGAAAGUCAGUAAGUACUAAACGAGAAUCUAUGUUAAAGUAAAACAAACUUUUCGAUUGUUGUUGCGCAAAAAAAAAGAAAAAAAUGGCAAGACGCUUACCUUGACGAAGUCAUAUCUUGCCUUUAUUUUCUUUGACGACGCAAGGUUUUUCAUUAUCAAGGUUAUUCAUUUUUCCUUAUUCACGAUCACUCCGCCACUUUUGUACGCACUUAAGAGCCAAUGUCUGUAAUUUUCGAGAAUCGGUUGACAGUCGUGAAUUUUUGAAUUUCUUCAUAUUUUGCUCAAAUAAUCUCUAUAGUACACUAAUUUCAAAAAUCACGUUAAAACUUGUAAUAGCUUUUUAUUUUUUCAGGAAUCAGGCAAAGUUUGAAAAACUCUAAAUCGGCGCUCUUUCGAGUAUGAAAUUAGCGAAAAUUGAGCAUUUUCUUCGCGCUCGUACAUAAAAACGGAAUAAUAUCUCUACGUGAAAUCAAGUCACAACACAGACACACAUUUUUGCUCUACAAUUCAGCAGUUAACUUUAAAUAAACCGUUUAAAUGUGACUGUACCGGCCGCAAGAAGAAUCACGGUUUCGGCACUUUCCAAAAAUGGCAAAUUUGACCUAACUUCACCAUCGUAAAAACCCAGUUGGUACAUAGAAUUUCAGUAUGAAACAAGAACUGUAUUGAAGCAUAUCCUUUGCUGUUGUUUGUGUUAAAAUAUUUCUGGCGGCAUUCCAAAUGCACACCGUCGAGAGACCAAAACCUGAAGGGUAUUUUGACACCAGGAAAGCGCGUGCAACAAGCAAGUUUCAACGCUUGGAAUAUUAAUCCUUCGCAAACCUAAGUUACUUCGACAUUUAAACCCUAGUCAGAGUUGUAACGGUUUCAGAUUAUAUUUCGGCGUUUCUGUUCGGUUUAACAUGAUUCCUUUCAACUGAUUUUUGCGAUAAACCAUAAUGAAGAGACGAAUACGCAGUUCAAAUCACAGUUAGUAGAGGGGAAUAUUGUCGAAAUCCUCGCUUGCUAUAGUUUUAAUCGUAUUGAAACCUUAAUAUCAGAAAAGUUAUUUACUUACCUGAAUUUAAAUGCUAGACGGGGUCACAGUACCGCUAACUAAAUUCUGCAUCACGGCAGAAUCGAAGUUAAGUUUGUAUAUGUUUUCAAUCUGUCAACACGAGGGAAGAUGACAUUCUGGAAGUGCGUGACGCGUAAGGGAAAGUUAAUUUAAUAUGACAAGGGGGGGGGGGGGGGGGAAGAUUUUGGGGGGGGGCUCCGAAAAUUUUUAGACACCCGAAGGGGGGGCUCUGAAAAAAUUGUUGCGCUAGGAGGGGGGGCUCCGAAAAUUUGUAUACUUCAAAACCAACACAUGACAUCAUCAUACAGAUCGGAUGGUUUUCAACUCAACAAUUUAAUGACCUGUGCAACUCAGCUAUAUCACGUGGCUUACAGAUAUAACAAAUGUAGUCUCAGUAAUUAUUACACUCUUGUUCAUCCCAAAAAUGCUUUAGAAAAUUGUAUCACAACUGUAUCUCAAGUUUGUCAUAGUAUAAACCAUUGAAGACAAUAACGGUAAAUAUAUUUAAUACAGUCUAGCGAUCUUUUUUCAGGGGAGCAAAGGAAUUGAAGGAGGAGGGGGGGGGGGCUCUGAAAUUUUUUCGACUACCAAGGAGGGGGCCCCUAAAAAAUUGAACCGCUAGCGAGGGGGGCUGCUAAAAUUUCAAGCUUCGAGUUUCAAUAUCUUCAUCCCCCCCCCUUGUCAUAUUAAAUGAACUUUCCCUAACGCGCCGAAAAAGAAAUUCCUGGUAUAAGUGUUUUAGGGUGCAAGUCUUUGUUGUAUGUUCGUAUAGCAUCUCGCACAUAUUCAAACUUGGUUUGUGACGCCUGUGGCCCCAGUAAUGCUGAACGUAUUGGGAUCAUAGAAAAGAUGUAGUGAGUCACUUGGUAUGCUCCCGACUUGUUAGUCACGUGAGUAUGUAGGGCAAUAACCAAACAUCGACCCUACCAUGCUGAUGAUAAAAGUAAGGUUUUCUGCAUUUACGUUAGGUGAUCUUUGUUUGAUCCACAAAAUUGGCGCAUGAAAAUAAGAGUUUUCCUCACCACCUCUAAAUGUUUGGUUCCGGGUAGCGGUGCAACAAAUCACGUGGUACCGUCCUAGAUCAACCUACUGGCUGCUCAUAGAGGGGUCCAUAAAGGCACAUUGAUUGAUGACUGCGUAUGGCCUGAACUGAAAAUGAUAUACGCAGACGUUUUCUGAGCGACGAAUGUGUAGCUUUUACACUCCUCUUUCGUUUCGAAAAUAGACGAGCACGCGAGCGAAGCGAGCGCGCGAGAGAGAGCCCCUUGCUCUACUGGUCAAUAAAUCCCCCGCGGCUUUUAUUUUCAUACGUAAAAUCGACGAUCUCCAAAGAGAAAAUAGAUCGACGAUCUCAAAUGAAAAAGUAGAGUGUCUGUGAACAGGAUACGAAGGUGCUUGCUGUCAUUUUAGUGAACUUUACAAGAGGUCUCAGGUGAUUAUGUUAACGUCAUGAAAAGUCUACUUUAGGAAAGGAGGAGGAGAUGGGUGGGUUGGUUGGCAUUGGGUUCUCUACACAUACAAAACUUCAUGUCUUUAUCACUACAUUUAGAGCUAACAGACUUUGUUUGAUGCACAAAAUUGGCGCAUAAAAUCAAAAGUUUUUCCUCACCACCGCUAAAUGUUUGGUUCCGGGUGGCGGAGAACGAUGCACGUUGUACCGUUUCAGAACAGCCUACUGGCCAUGCUGGCUGCUCAUUCAAAAGGGGUCCGUAAAGGCACAUUAAUUGAUGACUCUGUGCGGCCUGAAGAAUAUUAUAUACGCAGACGUUUUCUUAGCGACGAAGGUGCUGCCUUUACACUUCUUUUUCUUUUCGAAAAUGGCCACGGACUUCUCUCCUCGCUCCUCGCCGCUAGGCGGUCGUUUUUGCCUGAGAGAUACCACCACGAAGGAGUUUUAGCACACAAGUCACUGCAGGUGCAGACCUAGGAAAAGGGCAUUCUCCAUCUGAAAUUUUAAAUCGAAAUGAAAGGCUGUUUUCAGCCUUUUAUCUCUUUUCUCCGCAACGUAUUUGGUUAAAAGAUAGUAAGUAAAAUGGCUGAGGCGCUUUAAAGCAUUUUUUUCAUUUUCGCGACGGAUUUUGACGUUAUGAAAAAGAAUUUGUCGGUGAAUUGGUUUAUUUUCUAGCCUGCGAACAAGUGCCGGAUAGAGCCAGGUGACUACACCUUUUUUCAGGCGGGAGCUAGCAGUACGUACAUUCUGGUCUACCCCAUACUGUGUAGACUGGCCUUUAAGGGCCUCUGUUCGGGGGGCGAGGGAUCAGUACAAUUCGUCAACAGCAGGUUGAGGUCUCGCCAGAAGAUGCCCUUGCUGCAGAGGAGCAAAGCAAUACUACUUUCAGUAAUUUAAACAUGUUAAAUACUUGUAUUUCGCUCAUCAAAUGUGUCCAUUGUCCAUUUUCGAUUUGUGGUUUUUCAGGAAUGUUCUUUUGCGGAGCAUUAGCCAAUUUUCUUUAAACAGUUUUACUCGUUUCCAUUUCCCUGCUCUACCCUCAUGUUGCAUAUGGCGUACGUGUGUACCUAAAUCCCUCAAUUCAUACUGAGGUGAUCGAUAAAGAAGUCUAUACGCUACGCGGGGUUAAGAUUAGUUUAUUACAAGCAAAGGCGCAGAAGGCUAAGUGCAAAUAAAAAAAACUAGUGUGAAAAGUUUUGCAGACUCGGCUUACUCUAUUUGUUUUCUUUCUCUAUUUGAGUUUCGGCUGGUGACAUCCUAAAAUCAAGUUUAGUUCCACAUGUUUUGGGAAUAUAAAAUAUAAAACUAAAAAAAAAAACAGUGUUAAUUGUACACUCGUGCGAUGAUUUAUCCUUGUCUGUGCAGUUGCGUGACCAGACUCAAAUUACACACGGGCUUUCAUCACGCAUCACGGCGUUUAGUCUGAGGCUAAACGACGGAAGAUUUCAGUAAACUGCGACCACUUGCGGUUGAAACGACUGUGGUAAGUAAUUAUUAGAGAUCUCGAAUCCUAUUUAGAGCUAGCACGCCGUUUCUAGCGGCUUUAUUUUAGGUGCAGAAACUCGAAGUUAAUAUUUACACUCCAUGAGAACUUAACAGCGUUGUCUUUUUCAGCUACUUGCGUGCAAUUAAAUGCUUUGUUAAUCUACUUAGUCCUUUUUUAUAACCAUCAAAUUGAAAAGCGUUUUUCAAAAGAUUUUUAGAGCUUCCCGUAAUGUGCCCCUUGUAAAAGAAGCUAAGUUAGCAAAAACAUUUUUGUGCCUACAUUCGCGGCUAGCUUGUUUUCAGCGUUCCAACGUGCGAAACUACGCUGCACGUUUCGGUGUCUCAGCGACGCACUUUUGUAAUGCCGCCAAAAUUUUUUUAACACAAGAAACAGAAAAGAAUAUGCUUUAAAAUAGUGUUUGUUUCAUGUUGAAAUUCCAUGUAUCAGUUGUUUUUCUCGAUGGUGAAGUUAGGUCAAAUUUGCCAUUUUUGAAAAGAGCCGAAAUCGUGUUUCUUCUUGCGGCCAACACAGUCACAUUUAAACAGCUUAUCUAAAGAUAAUUGCAGAAUUAUAAAGUACAAGUCUGUGUUUUCCUUGUGACUUGAUUUCAUUUAGAGAUGUCAUCCCGUUUUUAUGUACAAGCACGAAGAAAAUGCUUAAUUUUCGCUAAUUUCAUACUCGAAAGAGCGCCGAUUUGGCGUUUUGCAAACUUUGCCCGAUUCAGGAAAAAAUAAAAAGCCGUUACAAGUUUUAAUGCGAUUUUUGAAAUAAGUGUACUAUAGAGAUUAUGUGGGCAAAAUAUGAAGAAAUUCAAAAAUUCACGACUGUCAACCGAUUCUCGAAAAUUACAGACAUUGGCUCUUAAGGACUGAUGGGAUAGGAGCGUGGUCACGUGGUUUUUCAGAGGGGGAAGUGGUAAAAUCUGCCAAUGCUAGAAACUAAAAUAGAGUUUUUUUAUUCUAGACAACAGAAAAUAAAGAUUCUGAACAUUUUUAUCUUGAAGACGAUAAUGGCAAAUUCUGGCUGGAAGGCCUUCCAGCAAGCAAUAAUGACGCACACCUUGUCGAAAUCCCACGGUUUGACCGUUUGCAGGGUCAAAUUCGAAUAGUUCCGUUUUCCCCAUGUAAGGGGGAAUACAAGACAGUCUUGGAUUCUGAAUUCCAGGUUUUGGAUUUCGGAUUCUUUGUCAGUGGAACUUGGAUUCUGGAUUCCAAUCGUUAGUAGGAUUCCGGAUUCCUUAAGCUGUAUUCUGGAUUCCAUAGCCCAGGAUUCCAGAUUCCUCAGGCAAAAAUUUUUUGGAUUCCGGAAUCCGGAUUCCCUUCCAUGAGGCGAUAAACUCUACUUUCUCUAUUUCCUUCUAACAGGAAAUCAGCGUAUGCAGUUUGCCCCUAAAGGUGCCUUUUCAGUAAGCGACGAAGAGGUUAAACUUCAUCCAUAUGACAAAGUUAACUCCAGCCUUGACGACAUGAUAGCAGAAUACCAAAUAUUUCAUGACCGCUGGAUCGAAGGACUGAAGAAGUUUCGCGAGAAACAAUUGGAUGCUGACCGAUCUGCCAACGGCCGCACUAGAGUGAAUGGGGAUGCGGACAUGGUGGCUGUGUGAGGAUUAAGACCGUUUAUAAACCAUUAUCGAUUCAACUUAGAUAGCAAAUGAAAUAAAACUAUUGGGAAACAAAAACAGCACUGAGGAACCAUCCAUUUCCUUCUCGAAGCUGUUGAACUGACGUCAGUGACCAUCAUGAAAAUGUUAAGAAGAGAAUAGUUCCAUGUAAUGGAAUCUAAGACAGUCUUAGCGGAUUCUGGAUUCCAUGCCGUAGAUUCUGGAUUCCAGCUACUGGAUUCCCGCAGUCAUUGUCAGUGGAACUUGAACUCUGGAUUCCAAUCGUUAGUGUGGUUCUGGAUUCCUUGAGCUGUAUUCCGGACUGCAAAGCCCUUAAUUCCGGAUUCCACAAAUUUCUCCGACUCCAGAUUCCAAAAGCACAAUUUUCCCGAAUUCCGUAUUCCAUUAGCAAAAAUUUCUCGGAUUCGGGAAUCCAGAUUCCCCUGUAUGGGGCGAAAAGAGUGUGUGGUUUCUCAGUUGUUUCAGACUCGUCAAUUUCUUAUAAUAACAGUAUGUAGAUACAGUAUUAGAACUAUAGCUAAUAGAAACAUCCCAUUUAGACAUCUUUAAGAAUGGACAUUUAGUCGCCGUCCCAGCAGCGUCCAAUAAAGGUUCAUUUAACGUUCGUUUUGUAGGAAAUAAAGAGUCUGCUUUGAAUGGAAAAGGAUUCGAAGUCAGAAAAUCUAUUUAAAACUUUUCGUUGUUUUUGUUAGGAUACACAGUCACUGACAUAUUUUCUUUUACUGCCUUGUAAAUAUCACAUGUUAUUUGACCUUGAAGUAGCAGCAGUGCUAGAUAAUCCUCGGUGUACUUUAUGACCUCCAUUUAAGUUGCUUUUAUGUGCUACAAAGGCUUUUCCCGCGCGCUGUUGGCUCCGUAGCUAAAGUUUUCCCAGAACUCGUACAAGUGAGAAUGCUCGCAGGCAAAGAGCAAAGCACGAGGGAAGCUC